AGUUGGAACUUAUUGUUACAAAGAAUUGCAUAGACAAUGUUUCACAAUAUUCUCACGAUAUUAGUGAUUACGUCGUGUGGAGGUCGGGCUUUCGCCGGUCUCCUAGAUCUGUUCAACGUUAACACGGAUUACAAUGCGGCCUUUGUGAUGGACAGUAUUUUCGAUGUUAUGAGUAACGAUACCAAGUAUCUGCUGUCUGGCGAUUCUACCAACCCUAUCGAAACGGAUGUAACUUUUCUUUGUGGAAAUAGAAAUGCUCCGAAUCUUACGCAAACUGUUAUCAAUGAUGCUGGUUUAAGUUCCAAACUGGUGACCAGCAAGCCAAUCGUGUUCAUCACUCACGGUUGGCUAGACAAUGGUAAUAAAAUCUGGAUAAGGAGCAUGGCAGCGGAUUACCUAAAGUUCGUAGAUACAAAUGUGUGCAUAGUGAAUUGGAGCAAUUUAUGCCUCUACGGUUAUGCAUUAGCAGCCAACCACACUUUCCGCGUGGGAGCAUAUUUGUCCAGCUUUAUCACGUAUCUCAAUAGACAGGGUAUCCCUUUGAAUAAAGUAACCCUAGUGGGUCACAGCUUAGGAGCUCAUAUCAGCGGUCACGCAGGACGAUAUUUAGGAGGAAAAAUAGCCGCAAUUUACGGGCUAGACCCAGCGGGUCCACUGUUUACGCUACCAUUUGACGUAGGACCAGCAAAACGAUUAGACAGCUCCGAUGCACAGUACGUCCAGAUGAUAAUAACUUCCCGUUGCACCACCGGCGUUUGCGUUGGAGAUGGCCACGAAAAUUUCUAUCCUACGGGGGGAUUUGUGCCACAACCGAACUGUGUGCUGCCUUUAUUCGGAAAUUCAGAAACUUUUGAACCACUAACAUGCAGUCACGCGCAUGCUUGUACUCUUUUCCGGAUGGCUUUGAAUCCGCAAAAUGUUUUUAGUGGAAAAAAGUGCAGUUCGUAUUCUCUGUACUUAUUAGAGCUUUGUCUGUUUAACAAAUCAACAAAGAUGGGUAUUUACACCAGUCGGGUGGGUGGAGACUUUUAUCUGAUAACAUCCAUGUUUGAACCUUACACGUAAGCUUUUUACUGUACCCAAAUAAACUGAAUGUCUGGCUA